GGAGGGCGGUCGAUUCGAUCUCCUCUCCUCUUUCUUCCUCUCUCACUGAGCUCUCCUUCCUCUCUCGCCUCCUCCUCGCUCUCCUCCUCCUCCUCUGUGCCCUCCCUUUCGCUCCAUCCCUUUGUCGCUUCCUCCGCCCCUCAAGUGAGAUUUCUGCGACGUCCUGCUUUCACCGAACUCAAGAUGCAGAAGAGCUGGGGAAGAGACCUUAGCUUCUCGAGACAGGGCGGAGAGGGUGUGGCAGGGACAGUCGUCGUUGUGGGAGAUGGCAACCUCUCAUACUCCCUAGCCCUCAAGCAAGCAUUCCCCUCGCUCAACCUCCUCGCCACCACAUUCGAUCCCUUUCACGUGCUGGAAGAGCGAUACGGGGCUGUCGAGGCGAUCAAAGAGCUGAAGAGUCUCGGAGCUGCCGUCAUGCAUGAGGUCGAUGCGACCAACAUGGCACAGACUGUCGGUGCUCACUACCGGGCUGAUUGUAUUAUCUUCAACUUUCCGCACCAUCCCGGUAAGGGAAAGAUCCACAAGAACAGGGAACUGCUCAGGGGUUUCUUCUUGAGCGCAGCUAAUCAUCUCACGUCCAUCGGUGAGAUCCGAGUAGCCUUGUGUGCUGGUCAGGGUGGAACUCCUCAAGACAAGCCACGAUGCUGGGGCGACAGCUGGCAGAUCACAGCUCAAGCAGCAGCUGCUGGGCUGAUUCUGAUCAGAAUGUUUCCGUUCGAAGCGCCUGAAGGGUACUCGAGCAGCGGGUACAAGUCGCAGAACAAAGGGUUUCGAACAGAAGAAGGGCUGGUGCACGUCUUUGUUCCUGACGACCGGGGCUUUCGAGGUAUUCAUCCUCCAACUUGGGCUCAUGACAUCAGCAUGUGGGUGAAGAGAAGCUUUCAGGACGACGAUUUCAUACAGUUGGCCUUGUCCCAUCCUGAGGUUUACAGCGUACAGAGGUUUGAUUCCUUUGAGAGAAAGUCUCUCCCACCGGCUGCUAGAGACGUCUUUAAGGACUUGCCCGAAGAAUAUCAGGAGAGCCGAUCAUUCCGUGUGAUGUACAGAUCGGAAACUAAAGCUAUUUCACAAGAAUUGGCAAGAGAUUUGCAACUCAAAUUAAGGGAAGAAGCUGUAACCGAGCUUAGAAUCGUGCUGCGAUGAUCCAAUUGCCUUUAUAGAUUCCUUGCAGAUUCUUCUCCUAGACGUGCCCUAUUGGUUUUAUCUUUUUCUCGACACUGUAUAUAUUUUCAAUGCC